AUGAGCGAGUGUCCGAAUCGGCGCAUUAUGAUCCUCCGAGACGAUGGAGAUGUUGUCACCGAUGGGGAAGAGACAGACCCUGAGAUGCCUGAAUUGGAAGAACCCGAGGAAGAGGUAGAGCUGGAUGCACUCAAGGGACACUUCCUAGUAGCCCGGCGAGCUUUGACCAUGCAACCGCAAACGGAUGAACUGGAGCAGCGGGAAAACCUUUUUCACACGCGGUGUUUGGUCCGUGACAAGCUCUGCAGUGUGAUUAUUGACGGCGGGAGUUGCACGAACGUGGCAAGUAAGCAUAUGGUGGAGAAACUAGGGUUGACCGCGGUGAAACAUCCGAAACCAUAUCACUUGCAAUGGUUGAGUGACGCCGGUAAUGUGAGAGUCACAAGCCAAGUCCGUGUGCCGCUUCGACUUGGCAGGUAUGAGGACGAAGUUUUGUGUGAUGUGAUUCCAAUGCAAGCGUGCCACAUCUUGUUGGGUCGCCCUUGGCAGUUCGAUCGGCGUACCCAUGACGGCUUCACCAACAAAUACUCCUUCGAGUUUCAGCACAAGAGAAUGUCCCUUGUUCAUCUCAGUCCCCAACAAGUGUACGAGGACCAAGUGCAAUUACUCAAGGAAGCUACCACGACCCAAAAUAGAGCACAGCAAGUGGAGGCCAAGCCGAUGGCUGUGACACAUAGAUCUUUCCUUGCGAGACCAUGUGAUAUCAAGCUGUGUGUGAAGGAGGAACGACCGAUGGUGUUGUUGCAGUUUCGAGAAACCUUGUUUACUGCUAACGAUCUCUCCUCCCUACCCCCUUCUAUUCACUCGGUUUUGCAGGACUAUGCAGAUGUUUUUCCAGAUGAGACACAGCAUGGUCUGCCACCACUCAGGGGGAUUGAGCAUCAGAUUGACUUCAUGCCCGGCGCGACGCUCCCGAACCGACCAGCCUAUCGCACCAACCCGGAUGAGACAAAGGAGUUGGAACGACAAAUCGGCGAGCUUCUAGCUCAGGGGCACGUAAGGGAGAGCUUGAGUCCUUGUGCGGUACCUGUUCUUCUCGUACCAAAGAAGGAUUCAACCAUGAGGAUGUGCUGCGAUUGCCGUGCCAUCAAUAAUAUCACGGUAAAGUAUCGUCAUCCCAUUCCGCGCUUAGAUGACAUGCUUGAUGAGUUACAUGGUGCUUGUGUGUUUUCCAAAAUUGAUUUGCGUAGCGGAUAUCAUCAAAUCCGAAUUAAGGAAGGUGACGAAUGGAAGACUGCGUUCAAAACAAAACUUGGUUUGUACGAGUGGUUAGUUAUGCCUUUUGGCUUGACUAAUGCUCCGAGUACGUUUAUGCGUCUCAUGAACCAUGUCUUACGUACUUUCAUUGGUCGUUUUGUCGUAGUCUAUUUCGAUGAUACCCUAAACCCCUUGGUUCUUCACCGGACAAACUUCUCAUUCAAGUUCAAGCUCAUCAAUUGA